AUGAGAGCGAAACGUAUUCGUCGUACUGCUGAGCAAUCAAUGCUCCCUACUUAUGAACUUGUACUUGAUCCAGAAGAGGAAGCAAGAGCAAUCACAAAAACUUUGGAGAAUAUUGAAAAAGGUUCGCAGCUGAUGUUAAAGUGCACAAUGGCUCAGGAGCAUUUUGAGAAUCUUGUCUUCAGAGCAAAUAACGUUGAAGUUGGAGACAGCAAUGGACAAAGCAAAACUGUUACCAUUGAUUCAUUUUCCCGCAUACACACUGGAAUGUACGAGUGUGGGGCAACGAGGAAAAAAGAUGGAAAGUAUCAUUCAAGACAGAUGAGAGUUAAGCAGAAGAGAGAUAACAACUCAAACCUGCCACCAUGCUCUUCAGAUGACGAUGGAUUCUGUGGAAUGAAUGGGAUCUGUCUUAUGGAUGGCUCCAGAAAGAUUUGCCACUGUGACGAUGGAUACAUGGGAGAAACUUGUGACAAAGUACUGAUGGCCGCCUAUGAUGUUAAACUGCUGAAAGUUGUUGGUGGAACUACUACGUCACUGAACAUCAUUUGCAUCAUGUUUGCACUCUUUUUCGCCCUUUUGUUUUUCAAAGAACGAAAAACGACAAAACGGUUGAGAAGAGAAUUCGGGAAGGUUGCCGAAGAGUGUUGUGAGAUGGAGAAUGCGAUUUACAAAGAGACUACAACCAAUAACAAUUCAGAUGAUUCAAGUGACGGAACUACGUCAUUUGCUAGGAAUAGUAUCAGGAAAAUGAGAUUAGCGUUGAAUCGAGCUCGUCUCAACGGAACAUCAGAUUCAAAACUGCUCGAGAAGUAG